GUAUUUAUUAAUUCAGCAGCUGUGUUUACGUUUGGAGGACGUUUUUCUCUCCAAAAGUGUGAAAAAUAAAGAAUUUCUCGUGGAAAAAGGAAGUAAAUCUCAUUUGAUUCAGGAUGUCUUACAUGCUGCCACAUCUCCACAAUGGAUGGCAAGUGGAUCAGGCCAUCCUAUCGGAGGAGGAUAGAAUAAUCGUAAUCCGCUUUGGACACGAUUGGGAUCCAGCCUGCAUGAAGAUGGAUGAAGUUAUGUACAGUAUAGCGGAGAAGGUGAAGAAUUUUGCUGUGAUUUACCUCGUGGACAUCACCGAAGUCCCUGAUUUUAAUAAAAUGUACGAGUUGUAUGAUCCCUGCACCGUGAUGUUCUUCUUCCGCAACAAACACAUCAUGAUUGAUUUAGGCACGGGGAACAACAACAAAAUCAACUGGCCACUGGAGGACAAGCAGGAGAUGAUUGAUAUCAUUGAGACAGUGUACAGAGGAGCCCGGAAAGGACGAGGUUUGGUCGUUUCACCCAAAGACUACUCCACAAAGUAUCGCUACUGAAGCCACACAAAGGAAAUCUCCACAACAGAUUCAUCCUCGAUGAUUUUUGUAUUCAUUUUUUUCUUUAUUUCUUCAUGAUAAUUAUAACUCACGUGAAGACACCGAAAGGCGCGAUUAUUAAAUUAAUGUUUUGUUUACAUUUUCUCAUA